UAUCUACCUACUUCAUUAAUUUUUACACAUGUGCCAAAGCACUAUGGUACCACUGUGUUCAUAAAGCUCUAGAUUUUUGUGUAUACCACACCUAUUGUUCAAUUCGUUACAAAAUAAUCGAAAUUAUUAUUUUUUUACCUACUUAGUUAAAUGUGUUUAAAAUGGACCACCCUUGGGUUCGAAACGUAAUCAUAAAUUUCAUCACGAACAGCGUCGACAUUUUCGGUGAAAAUAGUACCUAUCAAGGAUUCGAAGUGGAGGAAGAAUCGAACAAGAAAGAUGCUCAAAAAAGAGACGACGGUUUCAACUCACGCCCAUAUUAUGGAAACAUUAUCUACCAAGAUGAACGAGGCAACGUCCACAAAUCCAACGCAGUCAUGCUGAAAAUCAUGCCAAGUAUGUCGAUCAGUAAAUUUAUCUCGUUUCAAUACCUCAACGAAAUGAAUUUCUACACAAAAAUUAUUCCCGCCAUGAACACCAUCGAUAAUUCGUUUUCUACCCUGUUUCCAAAAUUCUACCACGGUGAGAUGACCUUUGCAGCGGGAAAGGAUAAAUCGAUGAUGAUUCUGGAAGAUUUGAAACAUUCAGGAUACAAAAUGGCUCCGAAGAAAUCCUUCCUCGAUCUCGAUCACUUGAUGUUAAUGAUGCGUAAACUCGGCCAAUUCCACGCGUUCUCUUAUAAAGCUAAACGCGACAUACCCGAAUUAUUCCAUCCUUUAGUUAAUAAUAUUCCCGAAACUAAUUUCCUAGCCAAUCACGAAUUAAGAAAUUUUCUACGACUGGUCGGACAACGUGCGCUGGAAAGCUUACAACGAGAUCCAAAGUACGAAAAAUAUGUGCGAAAAUUUAAAGCAUUGCUCGAAAAGACUGACGAAAUUUACGUGGAUGUUUUAACCGGUGAUACGAAGAACCCAUUGUCGGUUUUUUGCCACGGAGAUUACUUGAGAAAUAAUAUCAUGUUUAAAUAUGAAAAUAACGUUCCAGUAGAUUUGAAACUCGUGGAUAUGGCAACCUGUCGAUAUGCUUCACCUGUAAUAGAUUUAUUGGGAGUUUUGUACAUGAAUUGUGAUCAAUCGACGAGAAAUACUCAUUGGAAUAAAUUAAUCGAUCAGUAUUAUACAGCUCUGAAAGAAACAUUUCCAAAAACACAAGUACCUUGCAGGUCCACAAUUCUUUCAGAAUUUGUAGGCAAGUCAUUUUAUGGGUAUUUGAUUACGACGUAUUUUUUACCCAGUUUGAUCGCCGAUGACAAUAAUAUUCCUUUUGAGCUUACCUUGGAUCCGGAAAUUAGUAGGAAAUUUCAAGAAUUUAGAGUAAUGGAAAUACCGAAGGAAAUUUUAGCUCAGGCAUAUGCGGCAACUGGUGGAGAGAUUGCUACAAAGGCGGUGAGUGAUGUGCUUAAAGAUAUGAUCGAUAGACGAUUCGUUUGUACUUAAGGUACCUACCUAAUGUUACUGUUUGAUUUUUGUUGUUACAUAUUUUUUAAAAAUAUUUCUAUAUGUUAUUUGAGAAAUAAAAAUACCUUAUGUUGCUGUAA